GUGUUUCCGAGUCUAGAUGACAACAUGUCUGAUUCGAAUUACAUGACAUGUCGCGCAAUCCUCUCCACCACAAACGACAAUGUCGACAAGAUAAACAUCCGCAUGAUAGAGCGUUUCCAGGGAGAUGAAGUAAUAUACCAUAGCUUUGACAGUGCGGAGGAUGACCCGUAUGGCUACUACACUCAAGAGUUUCUUAAUGGAUUGACUCCCAAUGGUCUUCCUCCGCAUGCACUCAAACUAAAGCUAAACUGCCCUGUCAUACUUCUAAGGAACAUUGACCUAGUUAACGGACUGUGUAAUGGCACUAGGCUUGUUGUUAGAGGAUUUGAGAGGAACACCAUUGAUGCAGAAAUCUGAUUGGACAACACGCUGGCAGGAGGGUCUUCCUUCCUCAAAUACCUCUUUGCCCAUCUGAAAAUGACAUGUUUCCGUUCAAGUUUAAGAGGAAGCAAUUUCCUAUAAGAUUUGGCUUUGCUAUGACCAUUAACAAGGCUCAAGGGCAGACAAUCCCUAUUGUUGGUGUCUACCUCCCCAAUCGAGUGUUCUCUCAUGGUCAACUCUAUGUUGCAUUGUCUCGAGCCACCGCGAAGAGAAACAUAAAGAUACUCAUUCAGAAGGAGAAGCCGAAGGAGAAAUCCAAGAAGCAAAAGGACAAUUCAAAGAAGCGAAAAAGACCGACUGUGUCCUUACUGACCUCGAUGAAGAACAUCGUCUACAAGGAAGUCCUUACAGGCUGAAGUCCGGUCUUAAAACCCCGGCAGGUUUACUAAUAUAACUUACUCUUCAAAUGGUCAAGUUAUGUUGUAAUUUGUUUUUUUAGUUAUAUCCUUUUAUUUGGUAUUUUGAUAGAUGGAUCUAUACUCCAUUUAGUUGAAUUACAAACUACAUUUCAAUAUUCAGCAGUCAUAUUGUCAGAAUCAUUUUUGUUAUAUGUUUUCUAUAAUGUCACAACUGAUAAUGACAUGGACCAUGGAAUGAAACUUUUGUAUUACACAA